AUGCCAGUUAAAGUUCGAUAUUUUCACAAUGAUGACUCAACGUCAUCAUUAUCUACGUUAACUGCUAUCAAACGUAACGUAUCUGGUAGUAUUAACAACUGCAAUAUUCAACAUUGUACUCAUAUCAAAAACUAUCGAUUUCAACCGUUGAUGAGUACGGAAAAUCAAUGGAAUAGACGUGAAAAUUCAGCGUAUUCGUCAGCUUUUUAUUGCCAUCAACCAAUGGAUAAAAGGUAUAAUGUGCAUGGAGCUUGUACUUAUGGUAGUGGAUUUGCUACCUCAGAUGGGAUUGCAUCCAUAAGCUCGCUCGAUUCUUCAUCUUUCAAUUCUUUAUCACUAAAACAGAGCACUCUCAAUGCUAGAAGUAAUGAUCUCUCAGAUGGCAGACAAUAUCGAAGUGAAAAAUCACACAUAAAACCAUACAGUUUUGGUGUUUGCCAACACAUUGCUCAAAACAAACAACAUUUUAUGGAAAAUAAUCGAAUUAUUAUUGCGCCAAGAAUUAUCAGUUAUGGCAAUCCAUCAAAAAAUGUUAGCAAAAUUCCACUUGCUCGAACUCAAAGUGCAGUGCAAAUUUCACAAGGAAUAGCUUUAUCAUCAUUUUCUGAUGAUAAUUUGAACAAUAAUACAGUAACAACACAAAUAUUAGCAACUCAGCAGCCAGUUAAAAAAUAUUUGGAUAAUUUGAAUAUAAAGUCGCAUAGAUCUACAUUUGGUAGUGCUAAUUCCUUAGAACCACUUGAUAUUCACGUACGUGUUUCAUCAGCAAAAGAAUUAAACAAGGAAUCAUCACUGCCAUGCUGUUCAAAUACGCCUUAUUCUUCCUCCUUUGAACGAAAGGCAUAA